ACGGUUUAUGAGACAUGAUUGACAGUUUCUGACGAUGGAAACAGAUCUGGCGGAUUCAAACAGUUGGUGAAAGUUUGGAUAGUCACCGUUCAUCUUUCCUGGUGCCGGUCAAGUCCUCUUUGAACAAGCAAUAUCUGGAACUUUCUUGGAAUUGGGUCAAGUUCAACAAUGCCUGGGUCAAAGAAGGGACAGAGUGUCUUGGAUGCAAACAGGAAAGUAAGUCAUGGUGACUUGUCUGUUACUUGUAACGAUGUGUCUGAUGUUAAGCAUGACAUGGUUGAUGUUAUUGUUUCGCCGUUCAGGGAUAAUAGGAACAUCAAACUCCCUAGAUUUGAACCACGGUGUUUUGAUGGAAACCCGGCCGAUUAUUUACAAUUUGUAAAGGAGUUUGAGAUCAUGUUGAGUGGUAUUUUAUUAAAUGAUGAAUUGAAGUUAAUGUAUUUGAUGAGAUAUUGCACUGGAGAUGCUGCAAGAGCUAUACAGUGCUGUACGUUUAUGAAGCCAAAAGAGGGCUACUACGAGGCUCUGAGCAUAUUACGUCAAAGGUUUGGAAGACCUUCGAUGAUUGCAGGGAAAUUAUUCGAGGCUGUUAAGGGUAAUGGUGGUCAAUUACAGGAUGACUCCCAGGCACUCACUGAGUUUUUGAUAAUUUGCUAAUUUACAAG